AUGGCGCGCUCACUGGCGUUCUGUGCGCUCCUUGUGGUGGCCCUUUUUGGCACCACUCUCGCGGCGCGGGAGCUGAGCCUGCAGGCGUCGACCGGGCUUGAGCUUGUGCAGAACAUGGCGUACCUGAAGCCCAUCACAAACGCUCCCGAGAGUGUGUCUGCGGCCAUCCAGGAGCCGGUCAUUGACGCAACCAUGCGCCGCAAGCUGCUGCAGAGCGGCCCCCUGGUUGAUGACCUCAGCGUUGCCCGCUCAUUCCAGCACGGCAUUGCGAGCGGUGACCCAACUGCAACUCAAGUCAUCCUCUGGACACGUGUCACCCCCGUCGCCGCAGACACCCGCGCUCUAGUGUACUUCAAAGUAGCGGCCGACUCAGGGCUCAACACCAUCGUCACACAGGGAGCUGUGGCCACCGAUGCGGGAGUUGACUGGACGGUCAAGGUUGACGUGACUGGUCUGACCCCGUCCACCACCUACUACUACCAGUUCUACAGCGGGAGUGCCAAGUCCGCCGUUGGUCGGACCCGAACUCUCCCCGUUGGUGACGUGUCCAAGUCGCGUAUCGCCUAUGUCACUUGCUCCCAGUACCCAGACGGUUACUUCAAUGCGUACCGAUCAUUGGCAGGAGAGCCCGACAUUCAGGCGGUGCUCCAUUUGGGCGACUACAUGUACGAGUAUGCCGCCUCCGCCGCCCAGGCCACCAAGUUCAGCCCGCCCCGUCAGGUCCAGGCCUUCCAGACGGUCACCCUGGAGCAGUACAGGGCUCGCCACGCGUUGUACAAGACCGACGUGGACCUACAAGAGGCGCACCGCGUGCACCCCUGGGUCAUCGUGUGGGACGACCACGACUCCACCAACAACGCCUGGAGGAACGGCGCCCAGAACCACAAGACGGCGACGCAGGGCCCGUGGGAGGCACGGCUGGCCGCGUCCGUGCGCGCGUGGUACGAGUACCAGCCGGUGCGCCAGGUGCAGUUCGACCUCAAGCUGCGCAUCUACCGGUCGUUCCAGAUCGGCAACCUGCUGGAUCUCAUCAUGGUGGACACGCGCAUCAUCGGUCGGGACCGCCAAACCGACGACCCGCCAGACCCCCCGGUCCUUAACACCACCGCAGGAAAUGAGAAGUUUGCCGUGCUGUUCGACCGGACGCGUACCAUGCUGGGGGAGACCCAGCUCGAGUGGCUGCAGGCGCAGCUCAGCGACUCCAAGGGCCGGGGCGCCGUGUGGCGCAUGAUCGGCAACCAGGUCCUCUUCACCGAGAUGCCGGUUACGAUCGACGACCCGGAUACCAACGGUUAUCUGGGCCCCGUCAUUGGUUACAGCGACGGCUGGGAUGCCUACCCCGAAACCCGAUUCCAGGUUCUGGACCACAUCCGCCGUAACGCAAUCGACAACGUGGUCGUUGCAACCGGUGACUGGCACGGCACCGUUGUUUCCGAUGUUCCGUUCUACCCGUUCCAAACCUGGGGCCGCUCUUACCUGGGCAACCCAAACCAGAACAGCACCUUCGGCAAACUGGGGGUUAACGCUAACUUCACCACCGGGUUGGGCAGCAUGGCCACGGAGAUCACGGUGACGUCAGUGACGUCAGCCUUCUUUGGCGAGACCGAGGCGGCCAGGGCGUCCGCCGUGAAGCUGGACGACACGCUCAAGUCGCUCAUGCCGCACCUCAGGUACUCCAACCAUUUCGGUCACGGCUACGCCAUCACCGAGUUCACCAAGACGGACGCCACCCAUACCUUCUGCUUCGUCAGCACGAUUCUGUCGCCCACGUACACCCUCGACUGCUCCAAGAAGCUCAAGCAGCUGUCCGGGACCAACCACCUUAUUGACGCCUAGAGCGCAAUGAUGGAAUUGAGAGUCGAUCUUUGAUUUGAGAACAGUGAUUGCCACUCGGGUGGCAUCCAUUUUGAUAGUUUGCAGGGCUUCGUGAUUCAAAGAUGCUUAUUUAUAAUGCCCGUCGGAUUGACUUUUGCCAACCUCAAAAGGCCACACCACACCACAGUUUGUGACGAGAGUCAAACAGGCCUUGA